GAGUGUUGAAUCAAUUGCAAGCUAGCAACUACAACCUACAAGCAUGGCCAAGAGUAAAGAUGAUAUAACUUAUGCAACAUCACAGGCAAGGCUAUUAGAGGAUGAAGCAGUGAGAGUAGCCUACAAGCAUGGCACACCACUUGAAGGAGGAAAGAUUGCAGAGUCUGAACCAGUUGAUAUGUUUCAAAGUGCACACAUUGUUUCAAAAGGUGACCAAAUUGAUGAUUCUAAUAACAAUGAUCAGUCUCAGUUGCAACAUGACCAUGCAGACAUGAACGAAGGAGGUUCUAAAGAGUUCACCCCUGGGGCUCCUUGCUUACCCAAAAAAGGGUAUCCAACAAUUGGUCAUAAAUUUUGAAGACAAGUAGAUAACCAUAUAAAAUAUGUGUGUACUCUAUAUGUUUAUGUUCAAUUUUGUGUUCUUUCUUGUACCCUUUGUUUCUUUUGUAUUCUGAUAUACUUAUGUAGCCAUGGCAUAUCAUGAAUGAGGCUUGAACUAAUAAAGUAUGAGGCUUUACCUAUGAGUUUUUCUCCUCU